UUAAAUAAAUUUGUCAAUGUUACAAAUGUUACAAGAUGUUACAAAUUUCUUUGAUGAGAUUCUAUUUGAAUAUAAAAUCUCAGCAAGUAAAAACAUGUGUCACUUCUAUCCUUUGUACUAGGCACUCUGUACAUCCCUGAAUAAAAAUAGUUCGACUGCAUUUGUGUCACAUUUCACUUAAUACUCUUUUUCUCCUAGCACUUCUCCAUUUUCUGAAAUCAAAAGCAAAUGCAGACUGGUUAAGAAAUGUGCACCCAAUUCAUAGCAUAAUGGCAGGGCAGGAAAGCAUUGCCGCAGGAGUUGCAAAGGUAUAAGGAAGUUUGAAUCGCCUGGUUAACCCUGAAGGAUCCUAAAUCAGCUGCUGCUUCCCACUAUAGCAGCAUUCCAAUAGAAAGCACAUCGUCAUGUGACUGUUACUGCUUCCUCCACAUGACAUCAUUCCCUUUGCAGCCAUACCAGAGAGGAGAGGAUGCUGCCUGUGUCUUUGGGGCUGAACUAAAUGAUGUUGCAUUGCAGGUACUACUAUGGUUAAUGCAGGAACCAUGAAUGGUUCUGGAAAUCUGAUGGAUUUUUUGGAUGAACCCUUCCCUGAUGUUGGGACUUACGAAGACUUUCAUACCAUUGAUUGGUUAAGGGAGAAAUCACGUGACACAGACAGACAUCGAAAGAUUACAAACAAAAGCAAAGAGUCGAUAUGGGAGUUCAUAAAAAGUUUACUGGAUGCCUGGUCAGGCUGGGUUGUGAUGCUACUUAUAGGACUGCUGGCAGGCACAUUGGCUGGAGUGAUAGAUUUAGCCGUGGACUGGAUGACUGAUUUGAAGGAAGGUGUCUGUCUAUCAGCAUUUUGGUACAGCCACGAGCAGUGUUGCUGGACAUCUAAUGAAGCAACAUUUGAGGACAGGGACAAAUGUCCCCAGUGGCAAAAAUGGUCUGAACUUCUAGUUAACCAGUCAGAGGGUGCAAGUGCUUACAUUCUAAAUUAUUUUCUUUACAUUUUGUGGGCUCUGCUGUUUGCUUUCCUGGCUGUCUCCCUUGUCCGAGUAUUUGCUCCCUAUGCCUGUGGUUCUGGAAUUCCAGAGAUAAAGACCAUCUUGAGUGGUUUCAUAAUUAGGGGCUACCUAGGCAAAUGGACCCUCUUAAUCAAAACAGUAACUUUGGUUCUGGUGGUAUCUUCAGGACUCAGCCUUGGCAAAGAAGGCCCCCUUGUUCAUGUGGCUUGUUGCUGUGGCAACUUUUUCAGCAGCCUCUUCUCGAAGUAUAGCAAAAAUGAAGGAAAGAGGAGAGAGGUGCUUUCAGCUGCAGCUGCUGCAGGGGUGUCUGUUGCUUUUGGAGCACCAAUUGGUGGUGUCCUCUUUAGUCUGGAAGAGGUGAGCUAUUAUUUUCCUUUGAAGACUCUUUGGCGAUCCUUUUUUGCUGCCCUCGUUGCUGCCUUUACCCUGAGGUCCAUCAAUCCAUUUGGAAACAGCCGCCUGGUACUGUUUUAUGUAGAAUAUCACACACCUUGGUACAUGGCCGAGCUUUUCCCCUUUAUUCUGCUUGGCGUUUUUGGAGGCUUGUGGGGGACACUCUUCAUCCGAUGCAACAUUGCCUGGUGCAGGAGGCGUAAAACCACACGGCUCGGGAAGUACCCAGUCCUAGAGGUCAUUGCAGUAACUGCUAUAACUGCUAUUAUUGCCUAUCCCAAUCCAUACACACGGAGGAGCACCAGUGAGCUCAUCUCAGAACUCUUCAACGACUGUGGAGCUUUGGAAUCCUCUCAGCUCUGUGACUAUAUAAAUGAUCCCAACAUGACUCGUCCUCUAGACGAUAUUCCGGACAGGCCAGCUGGGAUAGGAGUGUACAUGGCAAUGUGGCAGCUUGCCCUGGCUCUGGUUUUUAAAAUCAUCAUUACGAUAUUUACCUUUGGCAUGAAGAUCCCUUCAGGUCUCUUUAUACCCAGUAUGGCUGUUGGAGCUAUAGCUGGUAGAAUAGUCGGGAUAGCAGUGGAACAAUUGGCCUACCAUCACCAUGACUGGAUUAUCUUCAAGAACUGGUGUAGACCAGGAGCUGAUUGUGUUACUCCAGGACUUUAUGCCAUGGUGGGAGCCGCAGCGUGUUUGGGUGGGGUUACCAGAAUGACUGUCUCUCUCGUGGUAAUCAUGUUUGAAUUAACAGGAGGCCUAGAGUACAUAGUGCCUCUUAUGGCAGCCGCUGUAACAAGCAAAUGGGUAGCUGAUGCGUUUGGUAAAGAAGGUAUCUAUGAAGCACACAUCCACUUGAAUGGCUACCCAUUUCUGGACGUGAAGGAUGAGUUUACCCACAGGACGCUAGCUACUGAUGUCAUGAGGCCUAGACGUGGAGAGGCCCCUCUCUCUGUCCUGACCCAAGACAGCAUGACUGUGGAAGAUGUGGAGACAUUAAUUAAGGAGACAGAUUACAAUGGCUUUCCAGUGGUGGUUUCAAGAGACUCUGAGCGUCUUAUUGGCUUUGCCCAGAGGAGGGAGCUGAUUCUUGCAAUAAAAAAUGCAAGGCAGCGUCAGGAUGGCGUAGUCAGCAAUUCUAUCGUAUAUUUCACUGAGGAGCCUCCUGAAGUCCCUGCAAACAGCCCUCACCUGCUUAAGCUCCGGCGCAUUCUCAAUCUGAGCCCCUUCACGGUCACAGACCACACACCAAUGGAAACUGUAGUGGACAUCUUUCGAAAACUCGGACUCCGACAGUGUCUUGUCACACGCAGCGGGAGGCUUCUAGGCAUCAUAACCAAAAAGGACGUGUUAAGGCAUAUGGCUCAAAUGGCAAAUCAAGACCCUGAAUCCAUCAUGUUUAACUAGGCUGAUCCCCAAGGAUGGGCCAGAACCUAAACUUUUAAGGACCUUUGCUGGACUAACAGAAGAGGGUUUUGUAUAGAACUUAAUUUUUGUUAAAACAGGGAGAUUUAAACAAAUACAACUAUGUCAAGGGUGGAACCAAAGGAAAUUAUCGUAGGGGAUUGAAUGGAACAUUAGAGUUAAGUUGGGCAGGGGAGUUUAGACUAUUUAGCUGCAGAUGUUAAACUCCUUCUCUUAACUGAUGACCAGCUACACGUUACUCUUGUCAUGGGAACAGUCAUUCUCAUGGUGAAUAUCCCAUCCAUCUCCCUCACCUCUAGCAUUAAGCAUCAAGGGGCUAUUGUCACAUAGUUAUUUUUCCUGCCUCCACUCCAGGUCAUUGGAAAAAUGACAAGGGAGAGAAAUUUCUCUAUGUGACAGUGCAGAAUAAACAUGUGAAUGUUUUGAUAUAGUUUGUGGUGGGAGACUAAUCAUGGAGCCUGUUUCCUGUGAAGGAACAUGUCAGUAGUAGUGACCAGGCUAAUGAUUGCUUGACUGGCGCAUGCAUAGACGUAAUGUGAUCUGUGUUGAUAAAAAUUUUGCAGCAUGGAAGCUCAUCAUCAACUUG